AUGCGUGCGUUGCUUGCCACUAGAGCUCAUCCGGGAAGAGAGAACAAUGAAACAGUGAAACCCAAAGGUAGUAAGUUCAAAACAAUCGAUACUACAGGCAAGUUCAACAAUCAAUACUACGGGGAUCUAUGUGCAAGUAACCCAGAUGAAAUCAUUAUUCUGAGCAGCAGUAACACAGAUUUAGUAACGACUGCAUUCAAUCAUCGCCAUUCACAACACAAAGAGGUCCACCAUGGAGGGAAAAAACAACAGGCACCACAAUUUAGUACAGCCAGAAAUGAUCACAAGGUUCUGUUCAGCAUGAUCAGAGCAAGCGUUCCAAAGCUGAACCUGGAUGAUACAUUUGAACAGAAGAAUGAUAUUGCUAAAGCUGUCGAAGGGGAGCUCGAGAAGGCUAUGUCUGCUUAUGGAUAUGAAAUAGUGCAGACCCUCAUUGUUGACAUCGAGCCAGAUGAGCGUGUCAAGAGGGCAAUGAACGAAAUCAACGCAGCUGCAAGGCUAAGGGUAGCUGCAAAUGAGAAGGCAGAAGCCGAGAAGAUCAUGCAGAUAAAACGAGCAGAAGGUGAGGCUGAAUCCAAGUAUCUGUCAGGUCUAGGAAUCGCUCGUCAGCGCCGAGCGAUCGUAGAUGGACUAAGAGAGAGCGUGCUAGGAUUCUCCGGCAAUGUUCCCGGGACUACAGCUAAAGAUGUGAUGGACAUGGUUUUGGUCACGCAAUAUUUCGAUACUAUGAAAGAGAUUGGUGCAGCCUCGAAAUCCUCUGCUCUGUUUAUUCCCCAUGGCCCUGGAGCUGUGAGGGAUGUUGUAACGCAGAUUCGUGAUGGACUGCUUCAAGCAUCCACUGCUCAUUAGUGAUUCUCCAAAUCGUUUGAAGUUUGUUGUUAUGUGCGCAUUGAGGUCUGGUGGUGUUUUACCAGGAGUUGCGUGCAUAUUGAAGUAGGUGUAUAUAUUGGUUUUAUGUUGAAUAAUGUGCGCAAGUUGAUGCGUGAAUGCAAGCAGUACUUGUGAUUGUUUCUUCAAUUGUAUGUCUAUUUUUAUUUCUUAGCUUUCUAAGA